AUGGCGGCCGGCGACCAGGGAGCUUUUGAAUUGGCGAAGCUGCCAAAGAGUACCGUCUCGGACAAUGGCCAAGACACGCCCCAGGAAACGUUCCUGGACCCAGGCGAGUGGAAUGCCCUCGAUCCGGUCGCAAAAGAGGGUUUCACCGUUCAAGAUCAGCGCGAUAUGAAACGAAUGGGCAAGCAGCAGCAGUUCCGGCGAAACUUCAAGUUCAUUACCACGGUGGGCUUCACGUGCUGUGUGAUGGGCACCUGGGAGAUCUUGAUGACCUCCAAUACCCAGGCUUUGCUGGCAGGCGGCUCUGGAGGAUUGUUCUGGUCGCUAUGCUGGUGCUACACAGGUCAAACAUUUAUCGUGCUGUCUUUGGCCGAGAUGUCUUCAAUGGCUCCUACCGCGGGAGGUCAGUAUCAUUGGGUCAGCGAGUUUGCUCCACGCAGUCAGCAAAAGCUGCUCAGCUAUCUGUCUGGCUGGCUUUCGACAAUCUCGUGGCAGAGUAUCGUGGCACUCGACUGUUACCUGGUCGGCACCAUCGUUCAGGCCCUGAUAACCAUCAACAAUGAGUCUUACGGGGCGACAAGGUGGCAAGCCACUCUGCUUAUCUUCGCAUCUGUCAUUGGAAUUGGAAUCUUCAACGUCGUCGGUGUCAAGCAUCUUCCACUUGCCGAAGGUGUCUUUGUGGCCAGUCACUUCUUCGCUUUCUUCCCCGUCAUCAUUGUCAUCCUGGUACUUGCGCCGAAGACAACUCCUACGGCAGUUUUUCUGACCUUCACGGACAAUGGAUCGGGAUGGCCAAGUGUUGGAUGGGCUACACUCGUGGGUCAGGUCAGCGCGAUGUUCAGUGUAUUGGGCUCCGACUCGGUUGCUCAUAUGGCGGAAGAAGUCGAGGACGCUGGACGAGUCGUGCCACGAAGCAUGGUUUGGUCGUUCCUUCUCAACAUACCUUUCACCUUCGGCAUGGUCAUCAGCUACCUCUUCUGUAUGGUCAGCCUGGGCGAUGCUCUAGAAGAUCCACCCGGUUACCCGUUCAUCUAUGUCUUCAGGCAAGCUACUGGCAGUCGCGCUGGCACGACAGGAAUGACUGUUGUCAUCUUGUUUCUCCUCAUCAUGAUCACCAUCAGUGCAAUGGCGUCGACUUCUCGACAGACGUUUGCUUUCGCUCGUGACAACGGUCUGCCUUUCUCUUCCUGGCUAGGAGCGGUUCACCCCACCUGGCAUGUCCCGCUAAACUCCAUCAUUUUCACCAUGAUCUUCACGAUUAUCAUCUCUCUCAUCAACAUUGGCAGCACAGCCGCAUUCAACGCCAUGCUGUCCCUCUCGACCGUUGCCUUAAUGGCCACCUACGUGGUGUCCGUGACUUGCGUGCUGAUCCGACGGAUCAGAGGACAGCAUCUGCCUUCUGCGCGAUGGUCUCUGGGUCGCUGGGGACUUCCAGUGAAUGCACUGGCUCUGGUAUAUGCCUGCUGGUCGUUCUUCUGGAGCUUCUGGCCGAAUGCGUACGCCGUCAACGCCGAGAAUUUCAACUGGGCUUGCGUGUUGUUUGUGGGGUUGAUGGGGAUUGGGACAGUCCUUUACUUCACCCACGCCAGGAAGACUUACGAUGGACCUGUGGCAAUUGUGAAGGAUGAAGCGGAGUUACAGUAA